AUGCGUCUUUCCUUUGGUUCUUGUGCUAUCAUUGCACUCAAUUUAGUAGCUGUCACUCAAGCCCUUAGUGCCUCCAGUAUUGACAAAUGUCCUUCCUUAAAGUCAAGAUCUACUCCUGCUACCAGUGUCUCUGAUCUUCGUCCUGAUGAUAUCAAGGUGGUUGCUGCCCUUGGUGACAGUAUCAUGGCUGGAUUUGCAGCUAAAGGUAUUCAAGAUGAUAAUAUUCUGAAUAUUAAAAGCUUGAAUGAAUACCGUGGUGUUAGCUAUGGUGCAGGUGGUGAUGCAGGUGCCGUCACUAUUCCAAAUUUCAUCAAAAGAUAUAAUUCAAAUCUGAAGGGUGCUUCUAAAUCUUCACAUCUUGUCGAAAUUUGCUAUGGACUUCUUUGUCCUCCCUUUCAGUACAAGCCAUCUAAGGAUGUAUUAAAUGCAGCACAAAGUGCAUCAAUGGCUCCUAACCUUGAUCAUCAACUCGACUAUCUUAUUGCAGCUAUGAAGCUUUUGCCUGGUAUUGACUACAACAAGGACUGGAAGCUCAUCAAUAUGCAAAUUGGUAGUAAUGAUCAAUGUGCUUCAUGUAUUGACGCAUUAAUUCCUACCUUAACACCUACUCUAUACGGAAAGCAUGUCACUGAUGCAAUUGAACGUAUCAGAAAGAACAUACCUCGAGUCAUUGUUAACUUGAUUGGUACUUUUAAUGUCACUCAGGUAUAUACUGUCACUGCUGGCCAGGAUUACUGUAAACCUUUCCAACACUCUGAUUUAAUCAUUAAUACUCUUGAAUGCCCCUGUGCCAUUGAUCCCAAAAAUCGUCCCAAGAUAGAUGAAGUAGCUGCUGGAUACACCAAACAAUUGAAUACUAUUGCUAAAAAAUAUCAAUCCUUGCAGACAGACUCUUUUGGUGUCAUGUACACUCCUGCAAACAUCAAGGUUGAUACAUUUCCUGUACAAGGCCUUAGUAACAUUGAUUGCUUCCACCCAAGUGAACUGGGUCAUCAAUAUGUAGCUAAGGUAAAGUAA